CCUACAAUUGAAAAUGUCAUCACAUUUAUUAAAUUAAUUUUUUAAUUAAAAUGAAACCUGUUUCGAAUAUAAAAUUUUAAGUUACAAAGAAUUUAUGUGUGAAUUAUUGAAGAAUUUGAAAUAUUCAUCCUUUGGGAAUGGAUCAACCAAAAAGGAAAUCUCUUGCUGGCCCCAUGCACUUGGCAAUUGCCCAGCCGACUCACGAAGUUUCUGCCGGCUUAGGACCAACAAAAAAAACUGAGCAAGAUACUGGAGAAACAACAAAAGGUCCUGUUGAAACAGGCGGUUUCAAAAAAUCUAAAGGUCCUAAAGACACAACAACUAUAGAAGGGAGAGCUAUUAUAAUUGGGAGCGCGGAAUGCACAGCAGAUCAGCUUUGCUGCCAGUAUAAUGAGGAUUUUACCAUGUAUGCAGGCGGUGGUGUGGACGGUAACUUGAAGAUUUUCGAUAGUGAUUCGAAUGAAAUACUUAUGACCUUAUCGGAUAAUGAAGUUCAAGGGAGAACUGCUUCAGUUACUUGCGUCAAGCAUAGACCAGUAACAAAAAAUUAUCCUAUCAAUAACUGCUACACCUGCACUUAUGUCAACGGUUUGGUUAAAUGCUGGAACUAUAACUUCAAGCAAUGCAUUUAUACAAUUCGAGAAAAUAGACAGACCUACGGCUUAGCUUACCAUCCAAGGUUGCCCAAGUUCAUCACUUAUGGUGAUAAUAUGAAAGUUUACCUGUAUGAUGAAGAAACUAAAGUCCAGGAGCGAGUUUUGCAAGCUAGUGAUAGGAAAGAAGCACACGAUGGACCUAUUUCCAGAGUUUUCGCUGGACGAUUCAAUCCCAGAUCGAAUUACGAAUUUCUAACAGGAGGUUGGGAUGAUUUAGUUCACCUCUGGGAUUUGCGAGCUCCCCAUGCAGUGAAACAUAUUUCUGGAGUUCAUCUCUGUGGAGAAGGAUUGGAUAUCAAUAAAAGAGGAACAGAGAUCCUCACUUGCUCCUGGCGCAAAGAAGAACAACUGCAGCUUUGGGAUUAUUCAUCUUUCAAAAUAAUAUCAACAUUUUAUCCAGAUGUGCAUACAUGCAAGCUUUACUGUGGUCGUUUCCUGAACUCGGACUUUUUAUGUUGUUGUGGAGGUGAUCCAGCACUGCUUCGUGUUGUUGAUCUUCAAACAUCCUAUUCUGCUGUUAUAAUCCACAGUCUGCCAUCUGCAGUUUACCAUUUGAAUGUGGGUCCUAUGAAGGUAUCAAAAGGUAACAAACCUCAGGUGGAGGAAGAUGUCCGUCAGAAAGCAGAUAUAAGUCGUGUACCAAAAUUAUGUUAUACAUGUGGUCGUAAAUUAAUACAAUUAGAUUUCGUUUAACCUAGUAUUUCAUUUCA